AUGCGGGGCGCUCUGAAAACGGCCGCGUGCGCGCUGACGCUCGCGUACGCCGCACUGGGACAUGCCAAGAUCCUCUCGCCGGAACUGCUGGUAGAGGCGCCGCGCCCAGGCAGCGCAACAGUCAACCCGGCGGGGUCACAGGCGCUGGUCGGCGUCGAGCACGCCUCGGCGCACACCGGGGAGGUGUCGGCCUCGCUCUACCGCGUGCCGCUGAACACAAGUGCCGAGCACGGCGCGCACCUCUUCGCCGAAGGUGCCGCGAGCGCCAUGUUCCUCAACGACAACACCGCGGCUUACCUCGUGAACAACACGCUGUGCGAGCGGCCGCUGAACGACAUGCACGACCCCAGCGAGUGCCACGCGGUGCUCGAGUUCCCGACGCUCGCGCGCAACCUGCGUGCGAUCUCGACGUCGACGUCGUCCGCGACGCUCGUCUUCUCUGCGCUCGUCUACGAGGACGGGACGCUGGAAGGCGCGGCCGCUGCGGAAAAGAGCGAGGCGGUGAAGGACUGGGAGAAGCACGCGCGCAUCUUUGACAAGCUCAUGGUCCGCCACUGGGACCGCUAUCUGUACCCCUUCCGCCGCAUGCAGCUCUUUUCGGUGGAUGUGCGCCGUAACGCGCUCACGGGGCACUGGCGCAAAGCCUCGUCGUUCCGCAACCUGCUGGCCGACACGGUGCUCGACUCGCCGUACGGGCCGCUCGGCGACGGCAAGGACUUUGCCGUAUCGGAGGACUGGGUCGCAUUCACCGCCAAGGAUCCCGACACGCCCGAAGCGUGGCACACCAAGGCCAACAUUUACCUUGUCCCACUCAAGGGCGGCGAGAAGCCGCGCCAGGUCAGCGCAGCGGGCCGCGGCUGGGCGGGCGUGCCGGCGCUGUCGCCGGACGGCGACACUCUCGCGUUCCUGCAGCAGUACAAGGAUGGCUUCGAGAGCGACCGCAAGGUGCUCCAGUUCUACUCGAUUGCGAGCGGCCGCCAGGUCGAGCCGUUCGCCGACUGGCAGCUGUCGCCCGACUCGCUCACCUUUUCGCCGGACGCCAAGUCGCUCUACAUCACGGUAGUGGAGGAGGAGCAGACGAAGCUGUACCAGACUGAUGUCGAGAAGAACGGCAAGACGACGACGGUGGGCAACCGCCGUGUGCUGGUCGCCGACGGCAAGGUGUCGGCCCCCCGCGAGCUCGCCGACGGCAGCGUGGUGUACACGCGCUCGACGAUCGACCACCCCAACGACGUCUACCUGCUCAAAAAAGGCAAGACGCAGCGCCUGACCAACUUCUUCCGGGUCUCGCCGGCGCACAAGGACGUGGAGCUGGGUGCGAAGGCGAAGCAGUUCUCCUACGCCGGCAGCGACAAUGUGACGAUGCACGGCUGGAUCCUCACGCCGCCCAAGUACAAAGAGACGGUCCGCCAGGGUGACAAGCUCCCUCUUGCGGUGCUCAUCCACGGCGGCCCCGAAGGCGACUGGAACAAUGCGUGGAGCACGCGCUGGAACCCGCGUGUGUUUGCCGCGGCCGGCUUUGUGGUCAUCACGCUCGACCCCAGCGGCUCGACGGGCUAUGGCCAAAAGAUGACCGACCGCAUCCUGCAGCACUGGGGCGACCGUCCGUUUGAGGACAUCCGCAAGGGCGUGCACUACAUCCUCGACACCGAGCCGCACAUCGACCGCGAGCGCGUGGUCGCAGCCGGCGCGAGCUUUGGUGGCUACAUGGUGAACUGGAUCCAGGGCCACAACGACGACAAGCUCUUCAAAGGCCUCGUGACGCACGACGGCAUGUUUAGCACCGUGUCGACCUACUACAGCACCGAGGAGCUCUACUUCCCCGAGUCCGAGUUCGGCGGCGUGCCGUGGGAGGUCGAAGAGAACUUUACCAAGUUCUCGCCCCACCGCUACACCCAGCACUGGAACACGCCGCACCUGAUCGUGCACGGCGGCAAGGACUACCGCCUGGACCCCGCCGAAGGCAUCUCGGCGUUUACCGCGCUGCAGCGCCGCGGCGUGCCGUCGCGCUUCGUCUUUUUCCCCGACGAGGGCCACUGGGUGAACAACCCCAAGAAUUCGCUCAUCUGGCACAACGAGGUGCUGAACUGGCUCACAAACUGGGCGCUCCCCGGCGCCGCGCACGCCGCCGCCCCGGCCUCCACCGCGGACCACGCGCUGGUCUUCCAAUAG